GCGGCCACGCCAAAUGAUGUUGCAGAUGUUGCGGGCAAUAUCGUUGUACAACAACAACAAUUACAACUACAAUUCUAUUAGCAAUAGCAAAAGGCCGACCGAUACUAGCCAGCAUUAGGAACAAAAGCAACGCGAGCAACAAAUAAGCCACACACAUGUUGCUGCUACAAUUGGAAAGACCACAACGAGGAGAGCAACAUCAACUAAGAUGCUCAGCGCUGCUCAUGGAACAGCAGCAGCAGCAGCAACAGCAACACACACUGGAGCAGCAGUUGCCACAAUUGCCGCUGGCGAAACUUAUGUCAUAACAAAUAAACAUCUCCAUCAGCAGCAGCAACAACAGCAGCAGCAGCAACAUUUUGUUGUUGCCGCCAACACAAUGGUUAUACCAACAACUGCAGCCACCGGUAUACCAACAGCAACAACAACAACGACAGCAACAACCACAGCAGCAGCAGUCGAGACACCACAGCAGCAGCAACGUCAGCAGCAGCAGCAGCAACAUGUUUUGUUUCAGCCACAAUUACAGUUACAAACAGCAGCAACACCUCAGCAGCCAACACAGCCGCGCCAGCAUCCCAAGAAACGAAAAUUUGAUCCAGCUGAGCUGGACAAAGCCGAGCAACAGCAACACCAGCCGCAGCAAUUGCAUCAGCAACAGCACACGAUGUACAAGCAACAAAAACCCGCCGAGACGAAUGGCAAUGGCAGCGAUACGCUCUCCAAUGGCAAUAUUGCUGCCGUGCAGCAAAGUGCGUUAGCUUUGCGUAGCAUGAUUGUCAGUCCACCGUCAGCAAUGAAUUGUGCAGGUGCAGGCGCCGGCAACAGCAAUGAAAUCAGGCAGCAACAGCAACAUCUGCAGCAGCAGCAGCAACAACGUAUUAUAAUCGCAUCGCCGCUGCAACAUGCGACUAGUACUUACAAGCAACAUGUUGCCAGCAGCAACAAUAGCAACAUCAGCAAUCAAGCAGCAAUCAAUCAUUCGCGCACACACACGCCCGUCUUCUACCAGCAACAGCAGCAAUCACGUUUUAGCUUUAACUCACACCAUCAGCAACAUGUACAGGAACAACAACAACAGCAACAGACGCAGUUGCAGUUGCACCAACAGCAGCCGCAGCAGCAACACGAGCCUGUUGCUCUACUCGAUCUCAGCGAAUGGACCAACACGCGUGUCCUGGCCAAAGUGGGCAAAUGCUAUGCGCCCGGCAAAAUACAGCAAGUGCAAGAGGCAACGACCAUGACCACGCCCACAGCCACGCCCCACUCAAUACUCGUGAAAUUUGAUGCCACCGAAUUUGGUCAGCAACUGUAUCAGGAUGUGCUGCAGCAAGGACGCUACAAUGUGAUACUGGAUGCCAGUCCACCGAUGGCUGAUAUCACGCUGGAGGCUCGCGUCUGUGUGCGUCAAAGUCUCGAAGGACGUACCGUUGACUGCGUGUAUGUGGAGGGCAUCAUUAUGGAGAUCAACCAGGGAACCAAGCAAUAUACCGUGCAAUUAGUCAAUGAUGAAUUGCCCAAUACAAAAGUUGUGCGUCGCGCGGAUUUGCGCCUGCUGCUGCCGCCCUGGUGGGAUGAGCUGAACGAGCUGACGCCAACGGCAACACCGCCGGCAACAGGCGUCAAACGGAAACCGGAGCAGGCAUCCGGUGGCAGCAGCAGUGUGGCAUACCCAAAGGCCUUUGUGGCCACGCGGUACGACGGCAAGCUGCCAACGAGCACGCCAACCGGUGGACAGCAGCUCCAGAAACAUGAGUAUUAUCGAGCGGCUGCCACGUCGCCGUUCCAGGGCGGUGCGGUGCCGCCGCCGCCGCCGUUGGCGCUUGUGGAGCAGCAGCACCACCACCACCAGCAGGCCAAUGGUCUGCCGGACAUUGUGAUCUCGCCAGGCAGCAAUGGCCAGCAGCAGCACCACCACCAGCCACUAAAAAUGCACGUGCCAUCGCCAGCGCAGCAACAACAACAACAGCAGCAACAGCGCAGCUACGACGACUACGACUCCGACGAUGAGCUGAAGCGCGUCGGCAUCGACUAUUCACCGGCUGCCGGCGAUGUGGAUGCCGAGAAGAUGAGCGCCGGCAGCAAGCGCAGCAGCAUGCAGAGCCGCGGCAGCACAUCCAGCUUACUCGAUCAGAGGCUGACACCACGAUCUCAUCCAGCAACUCCAAGAUCUCAGGCAACGACGCCGCAUCGCUUCAAGAAGGGCGACAUUGUGGAAUCGGAAUCCGGAGUGCGCAAGAAGUACAAUGGCAAGCAAUGGCGACGUCUCUGCAUGCUGUGCAUGAAAGAAUCUCAGCGGCGGGGCUAUUGUUCUAGACAUUUGAAUCAGAAGGGCAGCAAUGCGCUGCCUUCUUCAACGGGGCCGGGUCGUUUUCUCAGUGAUAGCCGCUCGAGCAGCAAGACGCAAAACGAUGAGGACAACUCUCGCGAUUCGGAAACGUCGCCCAACCAUCGGGUUACGGGUCGCUAUGAUCAGGAGGAGACCGAUGUGGCCGCCAUGUUAGUGUCACUGAGCAGCUCGCGCUCUGCAACGCCAUCGUAUACAUCACCCGUGAAUCAUCAUCCACUGAAUGCCAUCGCCCACUCCCCGGUCAAUGUGUCCAAUCAUAGGCAAAAUUUCUUUACGCCCAUUGCGAACCAGUCGCAGCAGCAGCAGCAACAACAACAACUGCAGCAGCAGCAGCAGCAUGUGACGACAACACCCAGUCCAGUGUUGUAUAAUACAAACAACAACAACAACAAUAAUGGCUGGGAGAGCAGUCAAGCUGUGCAGCAGCAGCAGCAGCAACAACAACCUCCACCACCGCCACAAACGGCAGCCGUUUCGCUGGUGAUGCAUGCACCGCCGCCACAGCAGCAGCAGCAACAACAACAACAGCCACCUGCCGCUCAUCUGAAUGCACUGCCGGCUCCAGCAGCUCCGCCCAGCAGCAGCACCCUCGGCCAUGCGACCAGCGUCAUACGCAUCUCCAGCAGCCAACAGCAGCAGCACCAACAACAACAACAGCAACUGCAACAGUCGGCACCAAAUCUGCAGCAGCAGCAGCAUGUUGUUGUAUCCACGGCCGGCCAUCAAACCUUUCAUCCUGUCAUCGUGAAUGCGGCCCAACAGUCGCAGAUUCAUUCGCAAAAUUCUUUGCCUGCUUCCGUUGGGCAACAGCAGCAGCAGCAACCCCCGCCACCGCCGCCGCCCACAUCGGUUACGUUUCAUUCACAUCCGCCAACCACGCCUACAUCCGUAACAGGGGCUGUGCCAACGGAUAAUGCAUUGCCAAAAAACGGCUACAAUGCGGCUAGCUAUCCGUGGCAAAAGCUACUGCCGCAAAUGCCAGCCAUGACCAAAGCACCUCCAGCGACAGCGGUGACAACAACAACAACAAACAGCAACUACAGCGUGGCCAUGUUGCACCACCAGCAGCAACAGCAGCAGCACACACAGCACCAACAAUUGUCGUCGCAGCAAACUCCCCCAAUGCCGUCGAUAACAGCAGCAGCAACGCAGCAGCAGCAGCCGCCGCUCAAUCACAACAACAAUCACUUGAUUGUGCCCGCGCCGAUGGCAUCGCCCGGCAAGCCGCUAAACUGUUCCAUGAACGAUGCAAAGGCAGCUGCAGCAGCAGCAGCAGCGGCGGCGGCGGCAGCGACAGCAGCAACGACCAGUGUGCCGGAUGAAGCUGAUGAGCCCGAUGAGCAGCUGGACGAUGAUGUGUUUGAGUCCACGACCUGUGCGCCAGCCAUGUCGAAUGGCAAAAAAGCACCGACGGCAGCCAUGCGACUGCCUACCUAUAACAGCAACAUACGCAAACUAGACGAAUGCCAUGAUGUCAGCGAAGGGGCAGCCGGUGCGCCAACGACCUCGGCGGCCAAGCGGCGCAGUCAGUCGCUUAGUGCGCUGCAGCAGCAGCAGCAACAGCAGCAACAACAACAGCAGCAGACUGCGGCGGCGGCAGCAGGCAAGAAGAUACGUCGACCGAUGAACGCCUUUAUGAUAUUCUCGAAGAAGCAUCGCAAGAUGGUGCACAAGAAACACCCCAAUCAGGACAAUCGCACGGUUAGCAAAAUCUUGGGCGAAUGGUGGUAUGCGUUGAAGCCGGACCAGAAGGCCCAGUAUCAUGAGCUGGCCAAAUCAGUGAAGGAUGCGCAUUUUCAGUUGCAUCCGGACUGGAAAUGGUGCUCCAAGGAUCGCCGCAAAUCCUCCACAUCGGGCAAGGGUGGCGCUUCCUCGUCCGGCAAUGCCACAAACGAAGACAAACAGCGUCUGGUUUCUGUGGACGGCUCCGAUUCGUUGGAGGAUGACAUGUGCCCCUCCACGCCCGGCGGCAGCGGCAGCGGCAGUGCCCAAGCCGUCGAGGUACAGGGCGAUAUCAUCCCACUGACCAUUGACACCUACAACAUUGCUUGCGAAGAGACGCCCACAACCAUUGCAGGCCAAUCGCAGGGUAACUGCAAGGCCAAGCAGCUCAAGAAUGAGCUGCAGUCCGAUGAGGAUGAGCAAAUGCUUGUCGUUGAGGAUGAACAGCCGCCCACGAAACUGGAUCUGCAAUGCCGCGAACGCGUUAACGACUUGGACAUGGAUGAAGCGCCCUACGACUAUCGCAAGCAGCAGCAGCAACAGCUCCAGACGGAUGCGGAACAGCGCACCCAGGAAGAUCAUGCGAGUCUCUGCAAUGGCCAGACUAUGUCCGCUCCGGCAUCCAGCGCAGAGCGCGAGAUCACUUUGAAGCCAAAGGCCAUUAAAGCCCAUCCGGGUCUGGAGAGCACCAUGAUGCCUUAUCCGCAGAUGCCCAUGUACACGCACUACACUAGUCCCAAGAAUCCAAUCGGUGUAACACCAUUCCAACCCACAGGCGGCGCCUUCAAAUCGAUGCCCAUCAGUCCAAAGGGCAGCAGCUCUUCCGGUUCCAAACCGGAUGAGCAACAGCUGCCGCCGCACAUCAAGCAGGAAGACAUCAAACAGGAGCCGCCAUCGCCCUACAAACUAAAUGGAGGCAAUUCUGGAGCGACUACGGGGGGCGUGAUUAGCGCACCAACGCCCAGCAGCGCUGUCGGCGCCAUCUUUAAUUUCAAUGUGCCAAUUGCGACGGCUCUCAGUCAAAAGCAAUAUCACUAUCCCAUGCCGCAUACGCUGUGCAGUCCGACGGAUGUGAGAGCCCAUCAGGCCUGUGUACCAAACUCCCCGGCAACCGUUAGCUUGGGGCAUGCGGCAAGCAUUGCCACGCCGCCCGCCUCGGCGCCAGCACAGAUUCUCGGCUCGGCGGGUCCAGCGCCGGCACAGAAAAUGUUCUUUGCCAUGGGUCAUCCGUACCCAUUGCUGCCGCCGCCUCAUCAACAGGCGGCUUCUGGCUUGGAGCACCUGCAGCUGGACGCAUUUGGGUCCAGCUACCUUUUUAAGAAGCACAAUGGUGGUCUGGGCGUGCAGGGUGCGCCACCGCCCCCACUGCCCCAGGUUGUUGCGCAGACAGCAAUGCGCCUGCAUGGCUAUGCGCCCAGCAGCCAUGGCCAGGAUCAGCCACCGGCUAGUUCGCCGUCGUUCAAGUCGAUGCCCUCCACCCCCAAAUCGGCCUCGUAUCAUCUGAGUGCAUCGUCCGAGUUGACGAGCGGCAAACGCAGCUGCGAUGCUGCUGCUGAAGAUGCCGAUGUGGAUGUUGAUGUGGACACUGAUGGUCAGCAGUUUGUAUUGGCGCCGACGCCAGCGCAACUGGGACGUGCUCCGCUGCAGCGGCGCAAGAAUUUAUCUCAAAGUAAAUCGGACAACAACAGCACAGGCGGCGGCUAUGGGGUCAGCAAUGGGCAGCAUAUUGGACGCCAGCUGCACUCGCCAACGCUGGUGGAGGUGGCCGCCUCCUCGCCCAUCAUUGGCCAUGUGAACAGCAGCAGCCUCAGCUCGGCUCUGCCCACGCCCACCUCAUCGACCACAACGCCCAACAGUGAUGAGCAGCAGCCACUAACGCCCACGGCCGUUGGCAACAAUUCGGCACCCAAGUCGCCAAUAAGGGGCGUGCCAGCCUCUGCACCUGCAGUGGUGUCGCACAAGAAGAAGAGCGAUGAAGUAAACAAUGUGCUCAAGCAAGUGGACUUUGAGAAGAAGUACAAGGCGCUGCCACAGUUCAAGCCAGAGGAUUGCCAGUCGCCCAGCGCCAUUGCUGUGCCCUCGCCGCCGCGCGUCUAUGGCACCAAUUAUCGCAAAAAGAAUGCAGUGCAGCCGCCGGUGCAGAAACUAAUGAGCGAGGAUGAUUCGAUUGAGGAGCCUGCCUCGGCGCCGCCAACUACCACGCAGCGUUUCUUUGGCGCUGAUUUUAACAAUGAUCUGAGAGGUAAACCAACUAGUCCAAGUAGUAUUUGCCAAAAUGCACCUGGAACUAAUCUCCAAUUUGCUGCAGAACUUGAGACCGGCGAUCAAACUGGCCGUUCGCCGCGCACACCCAAAACGCCGUUGCAGAGCGCUCGAUCCGAUGCCAGCGAAAAGGGACACCGCAAGGUCCUGGAAGCGCGUCGUAAUUUAGUCAUGCAGCUGUUCAAUGAGCACGGCGUAUUCCCAUCCUCUCAGGCCACAAUUGCCUUUCAGACCAAGCACAUCGAUCUCUUUCCACGCAAACAAGAUCUGCAGCUGAAGAUACGCGAGGUGCGCCAAAAAGCCAUGGGCGCUCUACCCUGCACACCGCACUCGGCUGGUCCCAACACGCUCUCCGACUCCAACUCGUCGUCGGCCACGCUGAGCGCUAGUCUGAAUGCCCAAAACAAUGCUGGAGCAGCGUCAGAUGUUUUUCCGUAUUACUAUACGACAGGUAUGCACCAGCAACAUCAACAGCAACUUGCAGAGCAACAACAACAACAGGUGAAUCAUCUAAGCAAACUAACCGAAAAUGAGAACAAGUACAAGUAGGAAGGAGGUUCAAGUGAGGUCGCUGGUUUAAAGAAGGAGAACAGGAUUGGGACACGCAUGAAUUGGAUACGCUGCGAGUGACAAAUUACUUAAAAUUAAUAAACAAAAGGAUAACAGAAAUAAUUGCAGCAACACAUAGAUACUGAGCAUGUAUGAGAUGCAUGUGGAAAACAUUUAUAUUGAAACAAGAAAGAAAAAAUCAAAGAGAUGCAAAAACAAAAAAAAACAAAAUUAUAAGAAAUGUUAAAUUUUUUAAUUGCAAUACGCCUAUACUACUACAAGCGUAACAGAGACAGAGAGACAGUAGAAAAAGAUAGAGGGACAGUAGGAAUGAAUUUAUUAAGCAGCUUAAUAAAUCGAAAAAUAAAGAAGUUUACCAGUUGGAAGAUAGAACUUUUUGAAACAUAUAUGAAGUACAUACAUUAUGGCAACAUUAUUGUAUAAUGGCUUAGUUAAUAAUUUACAGGAAAGCAACAACUACAACAAACAAAAACAAUAACCAAGCAAACACAAUGAAUACCCCAUAAAAGAAAUAAUAAUUUUAAGAACUAAACUUAACCCAAAUAGCACAUUAAUUUUGAAGUGUAUUUAGCACAAGUAAAAAGCGAAGAAUUUAAAAAAAAAAAACAAAAACAAAAGAAAAUGAACACAAAUCGAAUAACAAGAUUACACACACACACACACAAUUUGUAA